AACGAGCGCAAAUAAACCAAUAGGUUAAUAUUAGCCCGUGAUAAACAUAGUGGAUUAGAUAUUGGAUAUUGGAUUUUGAAUAGGCGCUUGUUAUGUCACUAAUGCAACUAACGGUGAAACCUCUUACGCGAGCUGAAAAAGUUAUCCAGGUAGAUGAUGGGGCAUACGUUUCUGAUCUAUUAGCUGCAGUGAAAUGUGCCUUUGAUAUAGAUCCUGAGUAUCAGCGUUUGGUCUUUAAAGGAUGCCCUUUGUUAGACAAAGACAAGCCCCUCCUGAAUUAUGAAAUAAAGGAUGGUGAUCGGCUUACUCUGCUCACGAAAAGUUCGCAUCGCAGUGAUUUUGAGUCACUUUUGCGUAAGUAUUUGGCUGAGAAACUCCCUGAAGUCAAUUCGGAUAUUGUCGUCCCGAAAUUUCUUCAGGUACUGUCUGCUAAAUUAAACUCCAUGAGUCUCAGUGACAUCGAACAUUUGGCAAGUGUGUGGCCUCAACCUGGAUAAAGUAGACUUCAGAAAGUGUUGACAUCUUGUAUUCAUAGAUUUCCUCUAUCUCCAUCCAGCUAAACCUGAAAUUUGUACAACGCACAUCGAUUUUUUAUAUACCUAAGCGAUCUUUGUAUAAAUCCUAAAUUUUUGUAUGCGUAAUGUUUCCGUUAAUUAUAUCAUUGAGGUAAUAAUUGUUAUUACGAUAUAUCACUGGUUUUGGCAUCAGCCUAAUAUAUCGGGAUAUUUACCAAGUACUGUUUUUUUAAAGGCUGACUGAACAGUAUUAGUUCAUUUCUGGCCACUCGUUAUUUUCUGCAACAAAUCGACUAAUUGUGCCCUCUAUUUCAAAUGAAGUAAUCUAGCAUGUUGUGUUGUACUUCCUUUAUUCAUGAAUGAUUUAAAAAGGUUUCAGAUGUGUAGUCAUAAUCUGACACUCACUAUUAGCAAGUCUUGAACACUUUCGGAA